AUGCUUCCAAUACUCUUUUUAACAGCGUUUUCUAUCAAUUAUUCUAGGUAUUCUCGAGAGUCAACUGUUGUUUUGUCCUCUAAAACAUGGAGUUCGAGCGGAACAUACCAAGCAGUUUUGUAUCCAGGAACGUAUACCUUCACUGCUAAAGGAGCCUCAGGAGGAAUAUAUAAUUCUGGUUCCUCACCAGGUGAAGAUCCUGGACUAGGGGCACAUAUAACUGGUAUUUAUAAUUAUGAGGGACAAAGUGCCUUAACAUUUGAAAUUAUUGUAGGAGGUGAUGGGCAAAAAGGAACUGCUGGAUAUUCAAAUGGUGGUUCUGCUGGCACUUAUACAGGAAAAUCAGGAUUAACAACAAAUUCUGGCGCUGGUGGUGGGUCAAGCGGUAUUUAUCUGGAUAGCUCGCCAAUUAUUGUUGCAGCAGGAGGAUCAGGAUCUGUAAAUGUAGUUCGCGGUGCUCCUGGUGGAUGUGGUAAUAACGUAUAUCAUAUUAUUUGGAAUUCUGGCUAUUAUGAAGAAGAAGUUAUUACUGAUUCAGCAAGUGUAGUUGAUUGCUCUGGAUCUGGGAAAGAUGGAACAAGCGGAACAUUCCCGGGGAGCGGUGGAGGAGGGGGUAUUUUGUGUGGCAAAGGUGGCUCAGGACAAUCAAGCAUUUCAGCAAGCUUGGUUGGUUAUGGAGGAAAAUCUUAUAUGCCUUCGGGGUUUACGUGUACCCCUGGCCAUAAAACCACGGAAAAUAGUUAUGUGACAAUAACUCCAUAUUCUUGCACGUCUCCAUGCCAAAUUUGCUACACUAACUCCACUUGUACAAAAUGCAAUGAUGGUUACAAAUUAUACAAAGGAAGUUGCGUUACAAGCUGCCCAUAUGGCACUGAUACUGAUGGAAAUUGUGUCGUUUGUCCAACAGGCUGCUCAAGUUGCUCCAGUUCUACACAAUGUACAAGCUGCUCUUCAGGAUACUAUCUUUACGAAAGCUCAUGCCUUACAUCAUGCCCAUUAGGCUUUUACGCCUCAGGAUCAAUUUGUCAAAGUUGUGAUUCUUCAUGUACUGCCUGCACUAGUUCCACAGUUUGUUCAGCUUGUGCCUCUGGUAAAAAAUUCUACAAAAAUCAAUGCUUAAGUAAUCACCCUGAUGGUACAUAUAAAAGUAACUCAAAUUGCAUUGAAUGUUCAUCAAACUGUCUACUAUGCAUGGAUUCAACAACAUGUAGCAAAUGUGAAUCAGGAUUUUAUUUAUAUAAUAGUUCUUGUCAUUCUAGUUGUCCUUCAGGAACUUAUGCAUCAAACUCUUCUUGCGAGAAUUGCCCAGAUCAUUGCACUUCAUGCGAAAUCACAAAAUCUCUUAAAUGCACCAAAUGUGAAGAUAAAUAUCACUUAUUUUCAAGAAGAUGUAUCAAUGAAACAUUAUAUAAUCAAUUAAAUAGUCCCGAACUUGAUAUACAUUUGCUUAAUUAUGGAGUCAAUAGAAGAAAAGUUGGAACAAAAGAACGUUUCGUUUGA